CUCAGUGGCAAAAAAAACUUGAGGAAGAAAUAAGAAUCCCAAAAGUGAUAACGAAAGAAAAAUAUCUUGUGAAUCGCUUUACGUGCUCUAUAAUCUAUGUAUGGAUGAAAAAAGUUUUAAUCAUGAAAAUGUCAGUUGAAUGAAUUGUCUUCUGUCUACUACUGCUGUGCAUUCAGUGAGGGAUGAUAACUAAGCAUUUGAAUGUGUGAUAAAAAAAAAAUAAAUAGUGGAUCGAUAGUGAGAUUAUAUUGUAUUGUAUGUCCAUUAAACUUAAUGGAUUAGCAAGACUGGAUAUUAGAUUAAGUGGCUUGAAAUGGAAUAAAAAUUCAUAGCAGGAACUCAAAUUGAGUGAAAGAGAAAAGCACAAAAUAGCAACAAAAAAAUAAUAUAAAGUGAAGGAAUAUCAAAAGAAGAAGAUAGCAACGUAGAAACUAAAAUACAAUAAUGAAUAUGUUAAGAAUACCUGUCAAAUGAGAAAUAAAGUCACAAAUACAUAUAAUUGUCAUCAUAAAAGGAAACGAGAGAACAAAUACACUCAUAGUUUUAUCCACCUGUUGAUAUGGCCGAAAGCUCGUCAUCAUUUCACCACUCAUCAUCAGCGAAAAAAGCAAAAUUGAGUUUAGAAUCACGUUGUUCGUCAUUAAGGAAGCAUUUGAGUAAAUCAGCAUCUGAAUUAAGUUGUAAAGAAUGUACAGGGAGUCAGGCGAGCGAUACAAUCACAACACCAUUUCCAUCUCCGCAACGUGCAAAAAGUGCUGCCAAUCCGAAUGUCACAACUGUUUUACAACGCACAUCGGGAUUUCUAAGUACACUAAAGAAUCGUUGGUCAAGAGGACGUAGCAAAGAGCGUGGACGAAAAUCGCCUGGUCCAUGUCAUAUUGACGAUGAUCGAGACAAUAGUGAUUAUGCUGCCGACAAUAGCAGUGAACAUAGUAGUUCCGUUACACCAUUUGAAUCGCCAAGACACAGAGCCACGACGUUAACAGAUUCUCCAUUAGCUAGACCAAGAAACAACGAGCAUUAUACAAAUAUUAAUAACAAUAAUAGUACUAGAGAAAAAAAUGACUUUUCUACAAAUAGAUUCACCUCCACAACAGCUAAAAUCGAAUGUGAGCCAUCAACGAGUGGUUACAUUCCCAAUCAACAAUACGAUGUGAUAAAUCACCAGAUCGACGAUGUACAGAGAAAACGUGAAGCACUUCUAAGACAACAUUCAUUUUUUCAACUAAAAGUGCAUUUAAUUAGUGGACGUAAUUUAAUAGCUAUGGAUAAAAGUGGAACUAGUGAUCCUUAUGUUAAAUUUAAGUUAGGCAGUCGAUUGUUAUAUAAAUCAAAAACAGUGCACAAAGACUUAAAUCCGACCUUUGAUGAGGUGUUUACGGUGCCGAUUGAGGAUCCUUUUCAGCCAAUAAAUAUUAAGGUCUUCGAUUACGAUUGGGGGUUACAGGACGAUUUUAUGGGUGCAACGAGAUUAAAUCUUACGCAAUUGGAAUUGAAUCAGUCGGAGGAAAUUUACUUAAAGUUAACGGAUCCCGCACGACCGAUUAAGGAUUUGGGCGAUAUCAAGAUUAUAGUAACACUUAUGCCAAAAACACAAGAAGAUAAGGAGCAGUAUUUCCAGCGCAAUCCAAAGUUAGCAGACGCCUCGAGACGUUUAAAGUCUCAAAUAUGGAGCUCGGUUGUGACGAUAUUGUUGGUGGAAGCAAAGGGACUGCCUGCAAUUGAUAGCACGGAGGAGAUGUUUGUUAAGUUUAGACUCGGCAAUGAGAAAUACAAAAGUAAAACAUCGCCACGAGCCAAAUGGCUAGAGCAAUUUGAUCUUCAUUUAUUCGAAGAGGAUCAAUUGCUCGAAGUCGUCGUAUGUACAAAAAGCGCAAAUUUAGGAAAAUGCUUUAUUGACCUAAGAAGUCUUCCACGUGAAACAACGCAACAUUUAUGGAAUAAAUUUGAAGACUGUAUUGGUGAAAUAUUUUUAUUACUCACAAUAAGCGGAACUACGGCUGCAGAGACAAUUAGUGACUUGACGACACAUCGCGAAAAUACAAAUGAAAUGAGAGGACUCAAUACAAAAUAUGCACUCCAUAGAUUUUAUCAAAAUCUCCGCGAUGUCGGACAUCUCACGGUGAAAGUUUAUGGCGCGACGGGAUUAGCAUCAGCUGAUAUUGGUGGAAAAUCAGAUCCAUUUUGUGUACUUGAGCUGGUGAAUAGUCGAUUGCAAACACAGACUGAGUACAAAACGUUAACACCAAAUUGGAAUAAGAUUUUUACAUUCAAUGUCAAAGACAUCUCAUCCGUACUAGACGUAACUGUUUUCGACGAAGACCGCGAUCAUAAAGUUGAAUUUUUAGGACGUGUCUUGAUACCAUUAUUACGUAUAAGGAAUGGCGAGAAGCGAUGGUAUGCACUUAAAGAUAAGAAUUUAACAACGAGAGCCAAAGGCAUAUCCCCGCAAAUUCAAUUAGAGCUGACUGUGAUUUGGAAUCCAAUUAAAGCGGCAAUUCGCGUGCUUGAGCCAAAGGAAGAGAAACUUGUACAGCAAGAGGCAAAAUUUAAGCGACAAUUGUUCCUUAGGAAUGUUACGCGUCUCAAGGAGCUCAUCGUGUUUUUCAUUGACGUGGGACAAUUUGUACAGAGUUGCUUUGAGUGGGAAUCACCUAUCAGAUCAUUCUUUGCCCUUGUUGUGUGGAUUUGUGCGUGUAUUUGGGCUGAUAUCUCAACAGUGCCUGCUGUUGCUCUACUUUAUCUUCUCAAAAAUUGGUUCGUUAGAUGGGUAACAGGGGCAUCCGUACAGACGGUACAUGAUGAACUUGAACUAGGCAGUGAUGAUGAAUGUGAUGAUGAUGAUAAGAAAGAUGAAGAAAAGAAAACAAUUAAAGAAAGACUGCAAGCAAUACAAGAAGUUUCACAAACAGUACAGAAUACAAUUGGCUUUUUAGCAUCAUUAGGAGAGAGUGUUAAGAAUACCUUUAAUUUUUCCGUCCCAGAACUAAGUUGGCUUGCUGCUAUGCUCCUUUUUGCAGUAAUGAUUGUAUUGCAUUUUAUACCAAUUCGAGUGCUUCUAAUGGCAUGGGGUAUCAUAAAAUUUUCAAAGAGAAUAAUAAGACCGCAUGCUGUGACAAACAAUGAAGUUCUUGAUUUUCUUUCGAGAGUUCCUGACGAUGAAGAACUUAUUCAGUUUCGUGAAUUGUCAUUGCAACAGCCAACGGAGGCAACACGACGCGAUGCACGAAAUAAAAAGAAGCAAUCGUAGAAUUUUAUUAUUCAAUUUACGCUUAAAAUAUCGAAACAUUUAUACAGAACAUUUGUUCCUUGGAAGAAUUUUGACUGGGUUUUGAUGGAAUUGAGGAGAUUUUUGUGAUAAAAUUGUGCAGAUUUUGUCGAUUUGGAAAUAUUCUGAUCCUAUAAAAAAUUUAAAAUGUGAAUUUAAAAGAAAGUUUGAGGUGAUUUAAUUUUUAAAAUCAAAAAGUGAUUUUAAUUUGGGAAAAAAAGAGGGUUUUGUGAAUAAUAUAAUUUUAGUAAAUUCUUAAGGAUUCGAACUUUUUCUUCUGUACUGAGAAUUAAUUUUUUUUAUUGAACUUUAUUGAACAAAUUUGACAAAAUUUCAACUUAAGUUGCUAAUAAUCUUUUAGUGGUCUUUUUGGCAUAUUUUGAGAUUUUAUUUGAUUUCUACAAAACAAAAUCGUCAUUAAAAUUCCAAAAACCAAAAAAAAAAUCUUUCCAAGGAACUUAAAGCCGCAUUCAUAAACAAGCCCAGUAGUUUAUAAAAUAUAAUCUAAUUCAUAAACCAAACAGAUGUCAUCAAAUCGAGUCAUUGAAUUUUUUUUUAUUCAUUUUCCGCUCUCGCAAAAUGUCAAUUUUUUCUAGUUGAAUAGAAUAUUAUGAAUGUUUAUGAUAAAAUAGAUAAAUAAAUAUAUUUUUUUUUGCUAUUUCAUUCAUACAUUCACAUACACAGGCAUACAAAGUAAAAAACAUUUUAUUAUUCAUGCAAAUAAUUUCCUCAAUUUAAAAAAAAGAAAAUCUCUUAAUGUGAUCUUGAUAGGAUAUAUGUAAAUAAAUACAUAACAAGCUUUUUCAAAUAAGAAAGAUUUUGAGCGGAAAUUUUUUAAAGAUUCUUCUUGAUGUUGACAUGUUUUUCUUCGUUUUAUUGUUGAAAUGGAUUUUUUUUUUACUUCUUUAAUCAUUCGUAAAAUGCUUCCAAGUUCUUCACAAAACUUACUUAAUUGAAUUCUAAGUAGCAACGAAAUUUCCAUGUGAAUAAAACGAGAGAAUAAGAAAAAUUAAAAAGAUUUUAAUGAUUAAGAGGUUGGGGUGGGGAGAGGGGGGGGGGGGGGGGGCUAGACACUUUGUUGGUUUGGAGAUUUUAUUAUGUCAUUUAAUAUUUAUUAUAUAAUCCUUAACUUUUCUUUUAAUCUUGGUGACUGAGGCGUAGUCAAAGAGGAGGUAUUGAUUGUGUUUAAAUUACACAACCCCCCCCAUCUUCUCAAUGAAAAUUAGACCACAGCAAAUUAAUUAAAUUGGAAAAUUGAUAAAAAAAAGUGAAAAGUUUGUAUUUAGAAGUUCGAGAAACUGAGUAUUUAAUAGGAUUUGAACUUUAGUAUUUGAUUAAAACUUUAAUUCAAUUAACAUCAAAACAUAAAAUUCCUUCAACAAAGUGUCUAAUCCUCUCCAAACUAAGGUAAAGAAUGAUGACUAUGAGGAAAUGAAUACGAUAUAUUAACAUUCCUUGCUUUAUUAGCGUUAAAAAGAAAGAAAUUACAAUGCAAAAUGAGAAUGAAAAAAAAAAAAUAUGAAAAAUUCAGUGCUUUUUUAGCAAUUAAGAUGUUGAUGAUCUUUUAAAAAUGUGACUUUUAAUUAAAAUUCUAACUUUUUCCUCUUUCAAAAUAAUAAAAAAAAAUCCUUAAAAUUAUUAAGUUUCUCACAAAAAAAUGAGCAAGCUGUAAAACCUACUUAUUUGCAAACGCAAACAAAUAUUAGAGAAUAAAUAAAAUUAUUUUUAUAAACUUAAAAAGUAAAUAGAUUGAUUGAUACAUGCUGAAUAGGUUAUACGCGUACAUAAAUUGAUUUCAAUGCAAUGAAAAUAAAUUUUUGAUCAAAAUAUUUUUGCAAUAUUUGAAUUAUUUUAUUUUCGGGGGCACGAAAAGAGAAAACAAUAAGUUCAGCACGUGCAGCUGCAAAAACAGAGCAAAAUAAAUAAUAAAAAAUGGUGGAUAAAAUCUAGAUAGGUCAAGAGAUAUGUAGCUAGCUGUAGCAUAAAAAUUUUGAUAGGUCCUUGUCAAAAUAACAAGUGCAAUUUAUGGAUGAAGAAAGGUCAAUUUAAUUUUAUGAUUAUUAUUUUUUUUUUUGUGAAAUAAAUAUAAAGUGCGGUAGAAUGGAGUGAUUGGUGAAUUUUUGAGGUUAGAAAGGUGUCAAGUUUUGUGGAUCAUGUGAAAAAAUUGGAAUAAAAUUCAGUUGAUUAAUAAAGACUGUUUAAAACUUGUUUUGAAGCUCUUGAAAAUAAUUGAAAAAUUUGGGGAGUUGUUUGUUAUUGAUGAUCAAUUAUUUAUUAUCGAAUCUCCUCGAAUCGAGGACCCAUAGUAGUGGGUUCCUGCAGUUGUAUGAUUGUUUCUAUGCAAUAAAGAGUGACACAUAAUUCUUGAUUUUCAGAC